UGUCUCUUCAAAACGCAUCAACAAAAAUUAAAAACUGGAAGAUGAGGCUGUAGCUAACGACCUGACGGCAGCCCGAUAUGUUGAAAUUUAUAGAAAUAACGAAGCAGGAGGAAAUUACAAGCAAACGCACCGAGCAGCCUUGCAAAAUCUGGUCACAGCAGUUUGGGAAGAAAACGGCAGCAGCUGCUGACAAAAUGUCAACAUCCCUACAGAAAUCAUCUAAAUAUUGAAUUCUUUCCUUUUUCUUUUUUCAGGGUUCAAAAAGGGUAGAGCUAUGGCGACAGAGGAGCUGAAGGAGCCAGAGGUGUGUAAAGAUGCAGUCCGACUUACAACCUAUGCAGUGGGGGUCAACAUCCUAAAACAGGGAGAAGACCCUAAACUGAAGCCUCGUGAGGAAUACCCUGACUGGUUGUUCGAGCUGAACUUGGGGAAACCCCUGACACUCCAGGAUCUGGAACCUGGCUCCUGGGCGUAUUAUAGACGUCUCCGGAAGGAAAACAUUUGGCGUUACCACAAACUUAGUAAAGUGAAGAGGUUUUAGACCUGUAAGGGCUGAGCUGUAGAUUAUUUCUGUUCAUGGGGAUUCUUCAGAGUCUGGAUUGAAAUGACCGUGAAAGUGACGUGACUCAUGUUCAGGCAUUUAGAUAAACUCUUUCUCUUGUUAUUCACGCAAACAUCAUGCUGUAGUGACUGUGCUGUUUUGUUUUUAACGUAAUUACAAUUCAGUAACACAAAUAAAAUAAAAAUUGUAA